AUGUCAACGGCGGUGAUAAAUUUUAAGACUGCUGCUCCUGGCGCAAGCGAAGACGUGGGAAAUGCAGCCCAACCGGCCGAGAAACAGAAACUUGGCCAUCGCCGUAUCGAUGAACAGGGAGAGGUCAGUUACAAGAAGGUGCCCACAAAUGCGCUUAUGAGCGCUAUUCAGUUGGGCAUCGCCAACUCCAUCGGCAGCCUUGCAUCUCGGCCUGAUCGAGAUUUGUUACUGCAAGAUUUUCAAAAGAUCGAAAAUGUAGCAUUUCCUGCUGCUGGCUCGGCUACUACACCAUCGCACUCGUUUGGUGAUUUUCGCUUCAAGACCUAUGCACCGAUUGCGUUUCGCUACUUCAGGGAACUGUUCAAUAUUAAACCGGCAGAUUUCUUGAGGUCUACGUGUACGGAACCAUUGAGGGAACUGUCGAAUGCUGGUGCAUCUGGAUCAAUUUUCUAUGUUUCACAAGAUGAUCAAUUUAUUAUCAAAACAGUACAGCACAAAGAGGCUGAAUUCCUGCAAAAAUUAUUGCCCGGGUAUUAC